UAAGCCAGCGCCUCUGUGAGUCAUGAGCAUGGAGCCCAGUGAGAAGAGCCUAGAGAUGAUGCGUUCUGUUGUCAGCGUCCCUGUCAAGCCUGCAUGGACGGAUUUGCAUUUUGGGUGGGAAAUUAUUGGACCAGUUCAGUUUAGGGCUCCACUUCCCCCUGGGUGGAGCGAGCACAGGCCCUAUAAAGAGGCUGCCUGCCGUGCCACUGCCAUCCUCCCAGCCGCGAGUUCUGAUCUACGCUGAGAACACGGUUUUAAGACUCCAGAAAGAUGUCUUACCAGCAGCAGCAGUGCAAGCAGCCCUGCCAGCCACCUCCCGUGUGCCCACCUAAGUGCCCAGAGCCAUGCCCACCUCCAAAGUGCCCUGAGCCAUGCCCACCACCAAAGUGCCCUGAGCCAUGCCCACCCCAACUGUGCCAGCAGCAAUGCCCACCUGUGCAACCUCCUCCACCAUGCCAGCAGAAGUGCCCACCCAAGAGCAAGUAACAGCUUCAGCAUUCAUCAGGGACAGGGAAGAAUAAGAACAACUGGCUCACCUCGCUCCCCAGCCCCUCCUUCAUCUUCUCUUCAGAGCCCAUCAUGGAUGCAGAAGAAGCUCCUCCACCCUUCAGCCUGAUAUGCUUGUGACGAUUCCUGACAGCGAAUGAUUUCCUUCCUGAGUCUAUUCUGGAAGGAAAGGAAGCUGAGAAAGGGCAGUUCUCCGCUGCACCAGCGUUCCGUUCCCCAGCUUCAGAAGGAAGAGCAGCAGCUGUCUUCCGGGGGCGGGGGUGAGGGAGGGGGGAGCAGAGGGUUCCCUCGAUGGCUUCUGUGUCUGUGAUCUGGGCAGAGGGCUCCUACCACCUGAGCAACUGUACCUAUUCUUCCAUUUCCUGAAUAAAGCACUAUUUUGUUUGUGAUGGAA